AUGGGACCCUCCUUAUUGGUGAAGAUGGCCCUGCCCUUGCAUGAGAGGGGCAAGGUGGAGUUGGUAACAGAUGAGAGUUCUUUAGUUCAGGGCACCAAGCUUCAAAUCUCAAUUGAGUGGCUUAGCCCUGCUGUGAACGCAAAUAAUUGCGAUCUCACCCUGAGGUUCGGGGCCAGAGGUUUAGAGCCACACUCGCCAAUCCGCAGGACCAAAAGAAUCUGAAUCCUGGUCAGACAGAAACGGUGCCUCUAGAGGACAAGGGCAAGCUCCUCACAUCCCCGGCCGCCGAAGCAGCGAAGCCUUUCCGCCCUAGCAAAGCAGCCCUACAGGAAACACCGCCUUCUCCUCUGUCUCCAGGGCGGAGACGCCAAGCGUUGCCACGUGACGUCAUCAACGCGCGUCGAGUCCCGGGUUGUCUGCACGCUGCCUGAGCGCGAGUCCGAUGGAUGGGAGGACAUGGGGACCUGGCGGACGCUGCUGCUGCUCCCCGGAGCCUCGCCCUGGCGCUGUGUCCGCUGCUCUGCGUGGCCUAGGAGCGACCCGGCCUCACUUUGGCGGCCACGGUCAUCUAGUGCUGACAGUAAUGUCUUAAAAGACAGAAGAGCACAGAUCAUGGCUCGAGGACUUCCAAAGCAGAAACCUAUAGAUGGUGUUAAACAAAUCAUAGUAGUGGCUUCUGGAAAGGGGGGUGUUGGAAAAUCAACGACAGCAGUGAAUCUUGCACUUGCUUUGGGAGCAAAUGAUUCGUCAAAGGCCAUUGGUUUGCUGGAUGCGGAUGUGUAUGGCCCUUCAAUUCCAAAGAUGAUGAAUCUUCGAGGAAAUCCAGAAUUAUCAGAGAGUAACUUAAUGAGACCCCUUUUGAAUUAUGGCAUCUCUUGUAUUUCUAUGGGUUUCCUGGUAGAAGAGACUGCACCAGUUGUUUGGAGAGGACUUAUGGUGAUGUCAGCCAUAGAGAAACUGAUUAGGCAGGUCGACUGGGGUCAGCUGGACUAUUUAGUUAUUGACAUGCCACCAGGAACAGGAGAUGUGCAGUUAUCAGUCUCUCAGAAUAUCCCUAUUUCAGGAGCUGUGAUUGUCUCUACUCCACAAGAUAUUGCACUGAUGGAUGCCCACAAAGGAGCUGAGAUGUUUCGGAAAGUCCAUGUUCCUGUUUUGGGUCUCAUCCAAAAUAUGAGUGUUUUCCAGUGUCCAAAAUGUAAACAUGAAACUCAUAUUUUUGGUGCUGAUGGUGCAAAGAAACUAGCAAAAACCCUUGGCCUUGAUGUUUUAGGUGACAUUCCAUUACAUCUUAAUAUUAGGGAAGCAUCAGAUUCAGGCCAACCUAUUGUGUUUUCACAACCUCAAAGUAAUGAGGCCAAAGCUUACCUGAGGAUAGCAGCCGAAGUUGUGAAAAGAUUGCCGCCACCACCUGAGUGAUAUCCCAAGAGUUAA